CAGUGAGUGGGAUCGUCCCAGGAGUUUCCCCCUCCCUUCUGCCUUAAUGGUACGCCCCAUGCGCAUGCUCCCGGGCGGCGGAAGUGAGCCGCGGGAGGCGGGAGCUGCUGCUCCCGGUAACGGAAGUUCGGCGGCGUUGGGUUGAGCGGACUUUUUGGAAGCUUUUGGAGGAGUUUCUUGAUAUGUGCAACAAUGGACCAGAAAAUUUUAUCUCUAGCAGCAGAAAAAACAGCAGACAGACUGCAAAAAUUUCUUCAAACCCUGAAAGAAGAUGAUCUGGCUAAUCUCCUUCAGAAUCAGGCAGUGAAAGGAAAAGCUGCUGGAGCACUCCUGAGAGCCAUCUUCAAAGGUUUCCCGUGUUCUGAAGAAGCUGGAGCUCUUAGGAGACUUAAGAUAUACAGUUGUUGUGUCCAAUUGUUGGAAUCAGGGGAUUUGCAGAAAGAAGUAGCAUCUGAAAUCAUAGGAUUACUAAUGCUGGAGGUUCACAAUUUUCCAGGAGCAUUAUUGGUUGAAUUAGCCAGUGAGUUUGUUGAUGCUGUCAAACAGGGCAACCUAACGAAUGGAAAAUCUUUGGAGCUAUUACCCAUCAUUUUCACUGCCCUUGCUACCAAAAAGGAAAAUCUAGCUUAUGGAAAAGGUGAACUAAGUGGGGAAGAAUGUAAGAAGCAGUUGAUUAACACCCUCUGUUCUGGCAGAUGGGAUCAUCAAUAUGUAAUCCAACUCACCUCCAUGUUCAAGGAUGUCCCUCUGACUGCAGAAGAGGUGGAAACUGUGGUGGAAAAAGUGUUGACGAUGUUCUCCAAAUUGAAUCUUCAAGAAAUACCACCCUUGGUCUAUCAGCUUCUGGUUCUCUCCUCAAAGGGAAGCCGGAAGAAGGUUUUGGAAGGAAUCAUAGCUUUCUUCAACAGGCUAGAUACGCAGCACAGUGAGGAACAGAGUGGUGAUGAGCUGUUGGAUUUUGUUACUGUACCAUCAGGUGAACUUCGUCACGUGGAAGGCACCAUUAUUCUACACAUUGUGUUUGCCAUCAAGUUGGACUGUGAACUAGGCAGAGAACUACUGAAACUCCUGAAGGCAGGACAGCAAGGAGAUUUCGGUAGUGAUAUAUGUCCUUUCAGCAUUGCCCUCUUCCUCUCUGUAACAAGAAUACAAAGAUUUGAGGAACAGGUAUUUGACCUUUUAAAGUCUUUGGUUAUAAAAAGCUUUAAGGAUCUUCAGCUUCUCCAAGGCUCAAAAUUUCUUCAGAAUCUAGUUCCUCAUAGAUGUUGUGUUUCAACCAUGAUCUUGGAAGUGGUAAAGAAUAGUGUUCACAGUUGGGAUCAUGUUACUCAGGGCCUGGUAGAACUUGGCUUCAUUCUAAUGGAUUCCUAUGGGCCAAAGAAGAUUCUUGAUGGAAAAACUAUUGAAGCCAGCUCAGGUCUUUCUAGAAUGCCAAACCAGCAUGCAUGUAAGCUGGGAGCUAAUAUCCUGUUGGAAACUUUCAAGAUCCAUGAGAUGAUCAGACAAGAAAUUCUGGAGCAGGUCCUCAACAGGGUUGUUACCAGAGGAUCCUCCCCCAUCACUCAUUUCAUAGACCUGCUUUCAGAUAUCAUCAUGUAUUCACCCUUAGUUCUUCAAAGUUGUUCUUCUAAAGUCACAGAAACUUUUGACUAUUUGUCCUUUCUGCCCCUUCAAACCGUACAAGGGCUGAUGAAGGCAGUGCAGCCCCUUCUAAAAGUCAGCUUGUCAAUAAGAGACUCCUUGAUACUUGUCCUUCGGAAAGCUAUGUUUGCCAGCCAGCUUGAUGCCCGAAAAUCUGCAGUUGCUGGGUUUUUGCUGCUCCUGAAGAACUUUAAAGUUUUAGGCAGCUUGUCGUCUUCUCAGUGCAGUCAGUCUAUUGGUAUUAGCCAGGUCCAUGUGGAUGUCCAUAGCCGUUACAGUUCUGUCGCCAAUGAAACCUUUUGCCUUGAGAUCAUGGAUAGUUUGAGGAGAUGCUUAGGCCAGCAGGCUGAUGUUCGACUCAUGCUUUAUGAGGGGUUCUAUGAUGUCCUUCGAAGAAAUUCUCAGCUGGCUAAUUCAAUCAUGCAAACUCUGCUCUCACAGUUAAAACAAUUCUAUGAGCCGGAACCUGAUAUGCUGCCACCUCUGAAAUUAGAAGCUUGUAUUCUGACCCAAGGAGAUCAGAUCUCUCUACAGGAACCACUGGAUUGUCUGCUUUGUUGUAUUCAACACUGUUUGGCCUGGUAUAAGAGUAGAGUGAUGCCCCUACAGCAGAAAGAAGAGGAGGAGGAAGAAGAGGGAUUCUACCAAGACUUAGAUGAUAUGUUGGAGUCUAUUACUCGUAGAAUGAUUAAGAGUGAACUAGAGGACUUUGAACUGGACAAAUCAGCAGAUUUUUCUCAGAGCACUGGUAUUGGCAUCAAAAACAAUAUCUGUGCUUUUCUUGUUAUGGGAGUUUGUGAGGUUCUAAUAGAAUAUAAUUUCUCCGUAAGUAAUUUCAGUAAGAAUAAGUUUGAGGAGGUUCUGAGCUUAUUUAUGUGUUACAAGGAACUCUCUGACAUCCUUAAUGAAAAAGCUGGUAAAGGCAAAACUAAAAUGGCCAGCAAAACAAAUGAUAGUUUUUUGUCCAUGAAAUUUGUGUCUGAUCUUCUCACCGCUCUUUUCAGGGACAGUACCCAAAGUCAUGAAGAGAGCCUGUCUGUUCUAAGGUCCAGCAAUGAGUUUAUGCGCUAUGCAGUGAGUGUGGCUCUGCAGAAGGUACAGCAGCUAAAGGAAAUGGGGCAUGUGAGUGGCCCUGAUGGCAAAAACCCAGAGAAGGUCUUUCAGAACCUCUGUGACAUAACUCGGGUCUUGCUUUGGAGAUACACUUCAAUUCCUACUUCAGUGGAAGAGUCGGGAAAGAAAGAGAAAGGAAAGAGCAUCUCACUGCUGUGCUUGGAGGGUUUGCAGAAAAUAUUCAGUGUUGUGCAACAGUUCUACCAGCCCAAGAUUCAUCAGUUUCUCAGGGCUCUGGAUGCCACAGAUAAGGAGGAAGAGGUGGAAGUCAGUGUCACUCAAAGAGCAGCAUUCCAGAUCCGGCAGUUUCAGAGAUCCUUGUUGAAUAUACUUAGCAGCCAAGAAGAAGACUUUAACAGCAAAGAAGCCCUCCUACUCGUCACUGUUCUCUCCAACUUGUCCAAGCUGCUGGAGCCCUCCUCCACUCAGUUUGUGCAGAUGUUAUCCUGGACAACUAAGAUUUGCAAGGAAAACAGCUGGGAGGAUGCCUCAUUUUGCAAGGGCUUGAUGAAUUUGCUCUUCAGCCUCCAUGUUUUGUGUAAGAGUCCUGUGACCCUGCUGCGUGACUUGUCCCAGGAUAUCCAUGGACAUCUUGGAGACAUAGACCAGGAUGUAGAAGUGGAGAAAACAAACCACUUUGCAGUGGUGAAUUUGAGAACAGCUGCCCCUACUGUCUGUUUACUUCUUCUGAGUCAGGCUGAGAAGGUCCUAGAAGAAGUGGACUGGCUAAUCACCAAGCUUAAGGGACAAGUGAGCCAAGAAAUUAUACCAGAAGAAGCCUCUUCUCAGGCAACCCUACCAAAUCAUCCCAUUGAGAAAGCCAUCAUCAUACAAUUGGGAACUCUGCUUACAUUUUUCCACGAGCUGGUGCAGACAGCCCUGCCAUCAGGCAGUUGUGUGGACACCUUAUUAAAGGACCUUUGCAAAAUGUACACCAUUCUUACAGCGCUUGUCAGAUAUUAUCUCCAGGUGUGUCAGCACUCCAGAGGAAUUCCGAAAAAUAUGGAAAAGCUGGUGAAGCUGUCAGGUUCGCACCUGACCCCGCUAUGCUAUUCUUUCAUUUCUUACAUACAGGGCCAAAAGCAAGUUUCUUCAUACCAGCAUCUCUGGGAUCCCUGCAUUUUCUUAUUUUCCAGAACAUGCCGUGUGGACCAAGCCUCCUGCCUUUCAUAUAGCUCCAGUAGUAUAAUUUGUCUCCAUUUGCAGAACAAGAAGAGUAAGAGCCUAAAACACACAGGAGAAAAGAAAAAGGAGAAAACCGCUGCUGGGCCCACAGCCAUGGCCAGAGCUCUUCGGGAAACCAAGCCAAUCCCUAAUCUCAUCUUUGCCAUUGAACAGUAUGAAAAAUUUCUCAUCCACCUUUCUAAGAGGUCCAAGGUGAACCUGAUGCAGCAUAUAAAGCUCAGCACCUCACGGGACUUCAAGAUCAAAGGGAACAUCCUGGACAUGGUUCUUCAAGAGGAUGAGGAUGAAGAUGAAGAGGGCACUGCAUCAGAGCAUGAGGGACAGAACAAAGAACCAGCCAAGAAGAAAAGGAAAAAAUAAAUGAAACGCCUGAGUUAAUGUGAACUUUGGGGCUUCUGCUUUCUUUUCACCCAGCAAGCAACAAUGCCCCCUUGUCCUACAGCCUGCACCAGUGUUGGCAUCUUGGUUCUGAACUAAUUGCACCAUCAGUUAGAGGCAGUCAUUCUUGGCAGGUCCUGCUACUGAAAAAUGGCUGGCCUUAGGCAAGCCCUUUUGCAAAAAAGCACAGCUGAAAGCCUGAGUUUAGGAGCCUGCACUGCCCCGAUGAAGCUCCACGGGAGCAAAUACAGAGCCUCCAGACAGAGCUAUGGUCCAGGCUGGCUUCAUUUUUCCAGGGAGCCUUUGGUGAGUUCAAUUAUCUGGUAAAUAUCCAGUGCUUCACCUGAAAAAUAGUGCAAAUUGGUUAGGAUGCUUCCUCAAGAAUUGUUAACUCACAGGUCAGAAGUGAGAAAAGGAACUUAAUUAAUGUUAAGGUCAAAAAGUACGGAAGGGUUCAGAGUAAUUGCCAGGAAUGGUAAUGUUACAUUUGGGGGGGAUCUGUUUUCUUUUUUGUAUAAAAUAAGUUUAUCUUAGAUACAUAGAAAAUAAGCUUUUUGAUUUACUUGUUUGGCACUCAAAGCACAGUUUUUUCACUUAAGAAUGUACUUUGACUUUAUACAGUAAAUCUUCAAACAUU